UGAAAUAAUAAUUGUAUAAAUUAUAAUUCCUAUACAAGGAUAAAACCCACAUCUCUGACUUACACAUCCAACUUCCCACAAACAAAAACAAGUAACUCAACACAGUAGAGAGUAACAUCAAUUAGCACAGCCAAAACUGAAACAUGCCACUACAACUGUAAUAGACUGGGGAGGGGGUUCUCCAACCCCUCAGAUGUCCUUUGUAAACAUCUGUAGUGUUUUUUAGUGAGUAGUGACCUUCUGAAAUAUGCUACUAUAGGUUGAUGUUUCAAGAACAUCUGUUUUCACUAUAUGAAACUGAGGAUGGUUUAAAUAUAUCAUCCACCCACCCCCCAGUGUAGUUAAGUAUUUCUGUGAUUUUAGGAGUUACUGCUUUUUUGAUAUCCAAAGUGUGAAAUUAGACUUUAAGGCUGUACUUUAAUUCUUGGUGUGUUGCCUUAAAAUAUAUUCUCAUUAACAUUUAAUGGAAAAUAAAGUUGUAUGUUGAUAUUUCAGUGCUGUGGAAUAAUCUGUACAUUGUGAAGAUUUGUCACUUAGAUUGGUUUAAUGAAGAAGCUGACUGGCCAACAGCUGAACAGGAGAAGGUUAGGUAGGAGAGCCAAACUGAAAAUGCUGAGAGAAAGAAGGGCGGAGCUGGGGAGUCAAGAGCAGAUGCAGGGAGUAGCAAGAUGCCCUACUGAGAAAAGGUACCGAGCCACAUGACAAAGCAAGAUAAGAAAUAUGGGCUAAUUUAAAUGUAAGAGUUAGCUAGUAACAAGCCUGAGCUACUGGCUGAGCAUUUAAAAUUAAUACUAAGCCUUUGUGUCGUUGCUUGGGAGCAGCUUGUGGGACAGAAACUUCUACCAACACUACAGUGUGGCUGAAAACUCUUUUUAAAAGGUUAUAGUAGGGUCUGGACAAUGUCUCAGUGGUUAAGAGCACUGACUGCUCUUCCAGAGGACCCAGGUUUAAUUCCUAUCAUUCACAUGGCAGGUUACAACUGUCUGUAACUCCAGUUCUAGGGGACCCAAAACCUUCAUACAGACAUACAUUCAGGCAAAACACCAAAUGCACAUAAAACAUAAACAAAAGUUAUAAUUGAGGCCCUGUGAGAUGCAAAGCCUGGGGAGAGCCACAUGGUAGAAGAAAACCUUCAAGUUGUCCUCUGCCUCCAAAUAAGCACUGUGCUUCUAACCCCUCAACAGAUCAAGAAAUGAAAAACAAAACAUUAUACUGUGUAGCUGACUUGUCUUUCUCCUGAGUGAGUAUGCCCCAGGUUAGGAAGGGGAAGUAAGUUUUACAAGUUCAUAGAAAAUUAAAAUCCAUGAGUUUGUUCUGUAGUUAUCUUGGGCUUGCUUUUUGUGGAGGUUUGAAUGAAAAUGGCUCCCAAAGCCAGAGUGAGAGACCAGGCUUCUGAAGGGGACCAUGGCCAACAGUGAGCGCACCUUCAUUGCUAUCAAGCCUGAUGGGGUCCAGCGGGGGCUCGUGGGAGAGAUCAUCAAGCGUUUUGAACAGAAGGGAUUCUGCCUUGUUGGUCUGAAAUUUAUGCAGGCUUCAGAGGACCUUCUCAAGGAGCACUACAUCGACCUGAAGGACCGUCCCUUCUUUGCUGGCCUCGUGAAAUACAUGCACUCAGGACCAGUGGUUGCUAUGGUCUGGGAGGGGCUGAAUGUGGUGAAGACAGGCCGGGUGAUGCUCGGAGAGACCAACCCCGCAGACUCUAAACCUGGGACCAUUCGAGGAGACUUUUGCAUCCAAGUUGGCAGGAACAUCAUUCAUGGCAGCGAUUCUGUGGAGAGUGCAGAGGAGAUCAGCUUGUGGUUUCAGCCUGAGGAGUUGGUGGAUUACAAGAGCUGUGCACAAAACUGUAUCUAUGAGUGACAGGAGGCACCUGCUCUUCCUCUCUACCUACCCCUGUUCUCAUAGGCAAGGGACCAGCAACUCUAGACAUUUCUGGAACUUCCUUUGUCCUGGAAGGAGCCUCUGGGAGCUGUGACUCCCUGUACAGUGUUAAGUGCGUGCCACUGGUGGAUUAAAGUGUUUUAUCUCCA